AUGAAAUUCUUCCAUGCCUCUGGCCUCGCUCUUGCGAGUACAACGCUCAUCUCUCCAGCCCUGGCACACUCCUGGGUUGAGUAUGCCUUCAAGCUCGCUCGAAAUGGCACAAUGUUUGGGAAUAUAGGAUAUCCUCGUGGAUAUGUGCCUCGUGACUCUACGAAUCCUCCAUUCACCGACACAAUUCCCCAGAACAUUCUCCCCCAGGCAGGCCAGCCCGCUUACUCUGGCGAAGAAAUCCUCAACAAGUUCCCUCUUGAGAAGAAGCCUCAAUUUCCCAUGCUCGAGGCUGCCCCUGGCGAUUACAUUGCUAUUAUGCAUCUUGAGAAUGGUCACACUACCCUUCCUCACAACCAGCCCAACAAGCCCAGAAACCGCGGCACUAUCUAUUUCUAUGGCACCACUCAGCCCAAGGAACAGGAGAAGCUCUUCGACGUUCAUCUUCUCUGGAACAAGCAAGGCACAGGUGGUGAUAAGCGCGGCAAGCUCCUCGCCACGCGCAACUACGACGAUGGCCAGUGUUAUCAGCCAAACCCUGGUGAACUCAGCACUGAGCGCUCUAGCGAACUCGCUCCUCAAGGCGCUCUCCCUACCAAGGAACUGGCCUGCCAGUCCGACAUCAAGCUGCCCGACAACCUCAAGACUGGCGACAUCUACACCAUCUACUGGUACUGGGACUGGCCCGACCUGAACAAGGACAAGAUUGAUAUGGAGGCCACCAAGAAUGGCAAAUUCCCUUGGGCUGGUACGUUUAUGCGUGGUGAGAAGGAUCCCAAUGGGUUCACCAUGGAUGCUAUCGCCCGCAACGAGAGUUACUCGAGUGUUAUCGACAUCAAGAUUACUGGACCUGACGCCGAGCCAUUCGCUGCCAAGAACCUACAAACUCUCGAAUGGGUCGACAACCAGAACAUUUACUCUGCUGGUAUCGAGGAUCAGAUGAAGUCUAACUUCCAGGUUGACAUUGAUGGCAGCAAGGGUGAUGAUACUAUUCCUUCGUCAACUGCCAAGCCUACCACUACUGCGCCAGUUGGUGGAGGCGCUGGCAAUGGUGAUGGCGUCGCUACAGUUACCGUCACAGCGACUGUCAAGCCUUCUCCCAUUAUCAGUACUGUCUAUGUUACCAUGCCCGCUGAGUCCCUUGCUGCGCCCAAGCCUGAGCCUACAGAGGCAGGACCCAGUACCAAGACUAUCACAACAACAGCUUUUGUCACCCGAAGCAAGACUUCCCAUCCAUCCGAUGCUGUACCUACGCCACCAACUGCUUCGACUGUCUACGAGACUCUCUACACCACCCGACCCAAGGAACAACCUACUGGUGGUGACCAGCAGCAACAACCUCAGCCCUCCACAGUCAUCAAGACCAUCGUAACACACAUCAACACACCAACCUCCUCGGGGGAAGCCAACACUCCUCCCCAACACACAAUGCCUGGCGGCGAAUUCCGCGAGGAUCCUUCUUCCGCCAACAGUGGCGCUCCCUCUCAAACACAGAGCGAUGGUCCUCCCAUUCCCACACCAUUCCUCCGCCGCCGCCAAAACUGGGUGUUUGGUAACUUUUAG